AUGACCCACUAUGCAAUGCCUGCUCCGGAUGAGAGCAUGUUUCCACAAUUGAGUGUCAAUUUCGAUGAAUUCCUCCAGUCCCAAGAAAGGAGCCAUACAACGGCUACUUCAUCGCAGCAGUGGCGUGAGGAGAGAUGGAUUCCCUCGACGAGUGAGGGCGGGAGUGGAUCAGUUGGUGCUAUGAUGACGGAGAUUGGACUCGCUCAGAGAAGACUUCUAGACGAUGAACCUUCAAGUGGCCCACAACUUCAAUCUACAGCUGCGCUGUACACGACAGACCCUAUUCAGUCUGCACCGAUCCCCACAGUGCCAAGCUCUCAUUCCUAUCCAUAUAGCGGAGAGGAGAGAACUGGCUCCUCAUAUCCUGGAGCCCCCAAUGGAACUCACUCCGAGACAAAUCAAUCUCCAUUGCUCCCCAGGCAGGGUAUCUACGACUUGACUCCCCCUGAUACCAAUAACUCAAUGGCUCCACCCCCGAGAAGUAGUCUCCAACAAUCAUCCGAGCUAUUCAUGGAACAACAAAGCACACUCGCAAACCAACCCCUGGAUGAUUAUCCCCAGCCCAGACCUCAACAGCCGGACCCAUCUUCUCCACAUGACACCGAACCUCUCUCAUCCAUCAUCACACUACGAUACAGCGGCGUCAAAGCCGACACCACCGCUGCCAGUCUCGUCUCUCCACAAUACUCCCAAUCAAGCGCACCCGACGAGCUCGCUCUACCGGCCAUCCUACCAGCCAUCGACGCGCCAGCCGCAAAGAAAAAGCGCCCAAGAUCCAAGCAACAGUCUGUACCAGACAGCGAUGAAGAUGACGAGCUAGCCAACUCCCGAGACCACGAGUUCAAACCCCCUGGCGCAAACGGUACGGCCGAUCCAUCCGAUACAGAAGAGAUAACCGAGAACAACACCCCGGUCUCGAGUGGAACCCCGGAUGAAACUGACGAAGAAAACACAGAAGCAGCGCCCAAGACUAAGACUACAAAGACAAAACCCCAGGACCCGAAAAAGAAUAAAGCAAAGAAAGCGAAGACUACAUCUACUCCUAACACAGCCGCUGACGAAGACGACGUUAUCUGGCUCAAUACCAAACCUCGCGAUACGCAGGCCUCCAGCGAAAAGGCCACUCCUCAGCCUGAAACACCCGAGACACGAGACCGGGAACCAAUCCCUCUGAUAUCGGAGAAUGCACCUAAUACAUCCAAAGCCUCAACUCCCGAAGAAAAGCAACAACCCGCAAAUCAGGAAAAACCAGCCCCGAAAAAACGCAGCCGCAAGCGAAAACAACCAAUUGAGACCGACACCGAGACUCCAGAGAUAGAAACACCCGAACCGACCAAACCCCCGGAACCUAAAGUCCCGGCCAAAUUAGCCGUUGUCAUCGAUAACAGUCCCAAGUCUGUGCCAACGAAUAUCUGUGAUGAGACUGGUAUGCAAGAACAACAAGGACAACAGCAGGCCGAGUCAGCUACGGCUCCUCCUGUUAUUCCUGCUGCAACUGAAACGAUGGCUCCGCAGACGCCAUCGAAACCAGACGCUAAGGCUGUCAAUACACCGCAAGGUGCAGGCAAGGGUCCGGAUAAGCAUAGUCCCAUCUCGGCGAGGAGUGCUGUGCCGUAUCGUGUGGGAUUGAGUAAGAGGGCGAGGAUUGCGCCGCUGCUUAAGAUGGUGCGGAAGUAG